AUGACAGGAGGUGAGAAAUCACCUAUAAUAAAGGACGUUGCUCAUCAACAAAAACUUGAUGGAGAACGUUUAUCAAUCUUGGAAAAAGAUGCCUCAGACAUCAAGCUCAAGAUCACUUCAAUCGAAGAAACCUUGAGUUCUCAGUUUACUACAAUUUGUAGACACCUUCGUAUUCCAAUACCUCCAGAUCCAGGUGCUUCUGCUGAAACUAAUGACGUUCCUCAACAAACUGAAUCUGAGUUUUCUGCUGGUAUGAUACUUCCUUCAGUUAAUUUUCUUUGUCAACAUAAAAUUGACUUUCCCAGUUUUGAUGGUUCUAAUCCUAGAGCUUGUCUUCGUAAAUGUGAACGAUUCUUUUAUUUGAAUGCUAUUGAUCCAUCUAAGAGGGUAGAUUUAGAUUCGAUUCAUAUGGAUGAUAAGGCCGAUGCCUGGUUUUUGGAUUAUCAAGAGGGUAAAGUAUUUAUAGAUUGGGGUAUGUUUUCUUCUGAUGUUUGUUUUCGAUUUGAAGAUGUUGCUUUUGAUAACUAUGUUGGUAGCUUUAAUAAAUUGUCUUAUGUGUCUUUGAAAGCUAUUAUGAAAAAUAAGAAUCCAAGUUUAUCUGAGGAUUACUUCACUAUGAGUUUUAUUAGUGGAUUAAAAGAGGAAAUUCGUAACCCUGUUCAAAUGUUCAAACUUAAUUCUUAUUCUGAGGCUUUCUAUUUAGCUCGUUUACAACAAGCUUCAGUUGAUUCUCAGCUGAAACGGUAUAAACCAUUUCAUCGACCCUUCUCACCAUCCACAAACUCUUUUUCACCAUCAUCUAGAUACAAGCCAUCCCUAGCACCACUCACCAAUUUUCCUAAACAAUCUUUUUCAUCUGAUAAACCAAUCGUUACACACCCUCUUACCCCAACCAAACCUGAACCAUCAUUACCUCCAAUAAAAAGGCUUACACCUGCUCAAAUGCAAGCAAGACGUGACAAAGGCUUAUGCUAUAACUGUGAUGUUUUUUACAAGCCGGGUCAUCGUUGUAAAACUCAACAACUCUUCAUGUUAGUUUCCUCUGAUGAGGAAAACUCCUCUCCACCUAUUGACGACUCAGAAGAAGAAGCAGCUUCUCCUACAACUUCAGGAGACACCACUAUGGAAAUCUUUUUAAAUGCGUCGACUGGUUUAGUGAAUCAGAGUACCAUCAGAGUACCUGGUAAAAUUCAUAAGCAAGAUAUUUUUGUAAUCAAAUAUACAGGGAGUACUCAUAGUUUUGUUGAUGCAUCCUUAGCCAACAAACUACACCUUCCAUUAGUUUCAACUGGUAAAAUGCUAGUGACAGUGGCAAAUGGUGAUACUACUAUCAGUGAAGGUGUUUGUAAAGAUUUAUUGUGGUCUAUGCAAGGGUAUCAAUUCUCUGGUGAUCUGAGAAUACUUCCAUUAGGUGGAUGUGAUAUGGUGUUAGGUGUUGACUGUCUAACAAAAUUGGAAGAUGUAAUGUUCAAUCUGGCUGAGCUCAAAGUUUCUUUUCAUUAUCUUGGGAAGCUAAUUACACUACAGGGGCACUCACCUAAUUCUUCUUGCAGUGUGCUCAGUGGUGAAUCUUUUUUCAAAUUCAUCAAGAACAACACUCCUGCUCUUAUUGGUCAAUUCUUCUCUAUUUCAUCCACUCCACUUACCCAUACACCUCCAGAGAUUACUUCUUUACUUCAAGACUAUCAAGAUGUAUUUGAGGAGCCAUCUACUCUCCCUCCACCAAGAGAGUUAGAUCACAAAAUCCCUUUAAAACCAUCUUCCUUACCCACUUCUCAAAGACCUUAUAGAUGCCCUUACAUCCAAAAGGCAGUAGUGGAUAAGUUUGUUCAAGAAAUGUUGGAUGCUGGCAUCAUUCAGGAUAGUCACAGUCCUUUUUCUGCUCCAAUACUGUUGGUCAAAAAGAAGGAUGGCUCUUGGAGAUUCUGUGUGGACUAUAGGAAACUUAAUGAAAUGACCAUUAAAAAUAUAAGUUUCCAAUUCCACUCAUUGAAGAGCUGCUGGAUGAACUCAAUGGGGCUAUCAUCUUUACUAAACUAG